CUGGGAGGGCGAGGGGGUGGUGGUGGUCUUCUUGGGCUGGUCAAUAUGGCCGCUCAGGCGGUUUCUGACCAUCGCCAACAUAAAGCCGGCGCCACCAACCGUGCGAAUCCCCCAGCACCGUAUGGUGGUCAGGACGUGAGGUCCUAUGGGGAAUGCGAACGACAUCAGCAAGACCAGUAUCCACAAGCCAGUGGCACUAACGCGAGGUAUUAUGAUGAGCGCGAAGGGCAACAGCACUACUAUCAACAAUAUCCACAAGCCAAUGGCGCUGAUGCGAGGUAUUAUAAUGGACGCGCGGAACAUCAACCAAACCAAAACCACUAUCAACAAGCCGGUGGCCCUGACGCGAGGUAUUACGAUGAACGCGCACAGCACCAACAAAACUACUACGAACAAGCCGGUGGUGCUAACGCGAGCUAUUAUCAUGGACAUGAAGGACAGCAGCCAUACCAGGCACGCCCGUACCAGCCCCAGCCAUACCAGCAACAAGAACAAUACCAACAAACCAGUGCAGGUGCAGGUGCACGGGGUCUAAGUCUGAAGAGCCUGUUCAGUUCGAAAGUGCUCUAUCUCAUGGUCGUCAACAUGCCGACAGAAGAAGAGAUGGCUCAAGCACAACGGUUGACUGCGAACUGGAACCUCCAGGGUCAGCAGCAACGGUUCUGAUCCAUUAUUAUAAUGAUACAUACCGAUAGAGUAGCGUCUUGAGAUUUAGCGUGU